GGGGGGUAGCUGACUCCUGUCUCCCCACCCCCAGCUCCUAUGAGGUGGAUUUGGGAAGAAAAGGAAUCCAAAUCUGCGUCGCGGAGAUAACGGGAGACUCUUUUAAAACAGAUCCACAUUUGGAGAUCCGUGCGCCACUGCCGCGCGCGGAUUAUUUGGCUGUUUUUGUUUGUUUUUUUGUUUUGUUUUUGUUUUUUUGAGGGUUUUUUUCCCCCCCGGAGUAAGGUGCUGCUUUGGAGCGUCAGUUUUCUCUGAAAGGAAAGGUGUACAGCCAAAACAGACAGGGGAUAAAAGAGGAGUGUUUUAAACCUGCGCCCUGUGUUAACAAAUGAUGUUCUGAAAAGUGGAAUAAAGCUUUUUUCUGCAUUCUGGGGAUGCAACGUAACUGUUCUACAAGGGGCAGCUACACAGAAAAUGGAUCUGAAAACUGCCCCCCCUAAACCAGCAAGGGGGUAGAUAGAAAAAAAUCCCCAUUUCUCAAACACUGAAACAAAAGUGCCAAGCAGUUCUGCACAAAGACCUCAAACUUCCCUGCUCAGUUGGGGCUUCGGCUCCCUGGCCAGGUCAUUAAUUCAUCCCACCCUGCAUCCCCCAGCCCCAUAUCCCCCACCGUAGCUGCCGCCAAGAUGGCCACCAGUGGUGCUCCUCGUCUCUCCUUGCCAAUGUUACUUCAUGUGACCAUUCUGCUGCUAUCUCUGCUGCUCACCUGCUCUCAAGCCUCAUCACCGCCGCGCUUCACUAAAGUUCCCGUUGACCAGAUUGGUGUCUCAGGGGGCGUGGUCUCCUUUGUCUGCCAGGCAACAGGCGACCCCAAGCCGAAAGUUAGUUGGAACAAGAAAGGAAAGAAGGUGAACUCUCAGCGCAUAGAGACCAUUGAAUUUGACGAGGGUGCUGGCGCUGUGCUCAGAAUCCAACCUCUUCGAGCGCCACGUGAUGAGAACAUUUACGAAUGUGUAGCCGAGAACAGCGCAGGAGAGAUCACCGUCAAUGCCAAGCUCUCCAUCAUCAGAGAGGACCUUCUGCCACCAGGCUUCCCAAAUAUUGACAUGGGUCCUCAACUCAAAGUGGUAGAGAGAACUCGAACAGCCACCAUGCUCUGUUCUGCCAGUGGGAACCCUGACCCAGAAAUCACCUGGUACAAAGACUUUCUGCCCAUAGAUCCAAGUGCAAGUAAUGGACGAAUCAAGCAACUGCGCUCAGGUGCCUUGCAGAUCGAGAACAGCGAGGAGUUGGACCAGGGGAAGUAUGAGUGCGUGGCGUCUAAUGUGGAAGGCGUGCGCUACUCUUCCCCAGCUAAUCUUUAUGUGCGAGAGCUUCGAGAAGUCCGGCGGGUACCUCCUCGCUUCUCCAUUCUACCAACAAGUCAAGAGAUAAUGCCAGGUGGCAGUGUGAACAUAACUUGCGUGGCAGUAGGGUCCCCCAUGCCUUAUGUCAAGUGGAUGCUGAACUCUGAGGACUUGACACCAGACGACGAGAUGCCAGUUGGCAGAAAUGUUCUUGAACUGAGCAGUGUACGUGAGUCAGCCAACUAUACGUGCGUGGCGAUGAGUAGCCUUGGCAUCAUUGAAGCUGUUGCACAGAUCACCGUCAAAUCUCUCCCCAAGCCUCCAGGUACCCCUGUGGUUACCGAAACCACAGCAACCAGUGUGACCAUUACUUGGGACUCAGGAAACCCAGACCCAGUGACAUACUAUAUCAUACAAUAUCGAGCCAAGUCACCAGACAGCAAAUACGAAACUGUUGAUGACAUCACUACCACGCGUUAUAGCAUUGGCGGCCUUUACCCAAACACAGAAUACGAAAUACGUGUCUCGGCAGUGAAUUCAAUUGGACAAGGUCCGCCCAGUGAACCAGUUGAAACUCGAACUGGCGAGCAAGCCCCAGCAAGUCCUCCAAGAAACAUUAAGGCGCAAAUUCUUCCCCAAAACACCAUGAUGGUGCAAUGGGAAGAACCCGAGGAACCUAAUGGGCAAAUCAAGGGCUACCGAGUUUACUACACUAUGGAUGAUGCACAGCCCAUGAGCCUUUGGCAGAUCCAUAAUGUCCAGGACAGUCUGAUCACCACCAUUCAGAGCCUAAUUCCCCAAGAGACAUACACUAUCAAAGUUCUGGCAUUCACAUCCGUUGGUGAUGGACCUUUUUCUGAGCCCAUUCAUGUGAAAGUACUGCAGGGAGUUCCAGGUCAACCAUCCAAAUUCCAGGUGGGUGCCGUGUCAGACACUAGAAUCGAACUGACUUGGGAACCCGCAUAUGAGAAAGAAGGAAUUAUAAGUUAUGAACUUCGUUAUAGGGAAAGCAAUUUUGGCACGCAGAUGAAGAAAACAUUUGGACCCACAAAAUCAUAUGUUUUGGAAGGCCUUCGCCCCAAUACAGAGUACCGCUUCUCCCUGGCGGCCAUCUCAAACAAAGGCAUUGGGGCCUUCACAAAUGAAAUUUCUGAGAGGACCUUGCAAGCCAAGCCCUCAGCUCCCCCUCAGGAAAUUAAGUGCAGCACCACCAGCUCCACUAGCCUUUUGGUAAGUUGGCGCCCCCCACCUCUGUCGAGUCAGAAUGGUGACCUGACGGGGUAUAGGGUGCACUACCAGGUGUUGAGCCCUUCAGAGGAGGCCAGUGAUGAUACAGAGCCCGUGGAGAAGCCAUUGUUGCCUCCGAAUGAAGAGCGAGUGUUGCUGCAGCAACUGGAGAAGUGGACCCAGUACCGCAUCACUGUGUCUGCCUCAACAAAGGUUGGAUCUGGCCCUGAGAGCGAGCCCCUAAUAUGCCGGACAGAUGAAGAUGUUCCUGGAGCUGCACCGAGAAGAGUUGAAGUGGAGGUCCUCAACUCCACAUCGCUCAAAGUAAUGUGGCGUUCUGUGACACCAGGAAAACAAAACGGUCAAAUUCGUGGCUACCAGGUUCACUACGUGCGUGUGGAAAAUGGCGAGUCAAGGGGGCUUCCCCUCAUCAAGGAUGUCAUGCUUGCUGAUGCCCAGUGGGAAACGGACGAUACGGCUGAAUAUGAAAUGGUCAUCGGAGGACUCAAACCAGACACCACUUACUCUGUCACUGUAGCAGCUUACACCACCAAGGGAGAUGGAGCUCGAAGUAAACCCAAAGUGGUGGUGACUAAAGGGGCAGUGCCUGGUCCGCCGUAUCUGUCAGUAGCUCAAGAUUCAAAGACCUCAGCUGUUGUUCAAUGGGAUCCUCCAGACCUGAUAAAUGGAAUGGACCUGCAGGGAUACCGCCUCCAGUUUGGCCGGAAAGAUGUCUCCCCUCUGGCCACAUUGGAGUUUUCUCCCCAAGAAAGACAGUAUUCUGUGGGCAAUAUUCAUCAUGGUGCCACUUAUCUCUUUAAGAUCUCAGCCAAAAGCAGAGGAGGCUUUGGGGAAGAGGCUGUGGCGGAACUCACUGUUCCUGAGAAUAUCCCUGGAGGAUACCCUCAAAUAAAUGAGGGUUCCUCGGUAACAUGCUGCUCAGUACAGCUGUCCUGGUCUCCACCAGUACUGGCAGAGAGGAACGGGGUCAUCACAGAGUACACUCUGGCUUUUAAAGAAGCUGGGACAAGACAGGCACCACAAGAACUUCGGUUACCUCCCAGCCUGUCUAGCUAUGAACUCAACAGCCUCAAACCAAACUCUGCAUAUGAUGUGAAAAUACGUGCCCACACCAGUGUAGGUCCAGGGCCCUACAGCCCGCCCAUCCAGUAUCGGACGGUGGCCAUUGAUGCUACAGAUGUCCCAAAGAAUUUCACCGUAAAGUGGGCCACAAAGACGACAGUGGUGCUUGGAUGGAAGUUUUCAGAUAGAGGAUCACCAUACAACUGCACUAUUGAGUAUAACCGUCUAAAGAUGGAUGUGGAUGCAAGAAAGUUGAAGGCGUACAUUACUGGGCUAAGACACAACAGCACCUAUGAAUUCAAGGUGACUUGCCAAGAAAGCACGGAGGGUGGACCCCGGCAUCGUGUGGUCGCCAGGACAGCACCUUCUAUCCAGGUCAGAAAACCCAAACUGGACAUCUACGCUGAGCCUGAGAACAUCCUCACCAUGACCUUUCAACCACCACACAGCAGAGAUGUUAAGAAUUUCUAUGUUGUGGUGGUGCCUCUUAAAACAACAUCAGGAACAGUAAAGAACUUGCGGAACCCAGAUGAGAUGGACAUAGAAGAGCUGCUGAGGGAUGUGAUCCCAAAGCGACGUUCACGGCGCCAGCUGGCUCAAACAGACCAGAAGCAGGCCUACAUCACGGCCUGCUUCAAGCAGCUGCCCUCCACCUUCACAGUGGGGUCUGACCACCGCCUGAGCAGCUGUGAGAACAAGCCUCUUGUACCUGGUCAGGAAUAUGUCUUCUUCCUGCUUGCUGAACUUAAUGCACCUGUUGGGAAAAUGUUUGCAACCAGCCCCUAUACUGACACUGUGGUGACUCCAGAGAUGGUGAGGGACCCUUUGCCAAUGGAGCCUAGUGACGGGCUCAUUUGGGUGGUCGGUCCUGUCUUGGCUGUGGUCUUCAUCAUUGGCAUUGUCAUCUCUAUUCUUCUAUUGAAAAACAAACCAGACAGCCGGAAGAGAAAAGAAUCUGAGCCACGCACGAAAUGUCUCCUUAACAAUGCAGACAUUACUCCCCACCAUCCCACAGACCCUGUGGAAAUGAGACGCAUCAACUUUCAAACUGCAGGUAUGAUGAAUCAUCCUCCGAUCCCCAUCUCUGAGCUGGCCGAGCACACCGAACUUCUCAAAGCUAAUGACAACCUCAAGCUCUCCCAGGAAUAUGAGUCUAUUGAUCCGGGCCAGCAGUUCACCUGGGAGCAUUCCAAUCUGGAGGUGAACAAGCCCAAAAAUCGUUACGCCAACGUCAUCGCCUACGACCACUCCCGAGUCAUCUUGGCUCCUAUUGAAGGCAUAACUGGUAGCGACUACAUCAAUGCCAACUACAUCGAUGGCUACAGGAAACAGAACGCUUACAUCGCCACCCAGGGUCCGUUACCGGAAACAUUUGGGGAUUUCUGGAGGAUGGUAUGGGAACAGAGGACGGCAACGGUUGUGAUGAUGACCCGUUUAGAAGAGAAGUCUCGGAUCAAGUGUGACCAGUACUGGCCGAGUCGUGGUACAGAAACCUAUGGUAUGACCCAAGUCACCCUGCUGGACACAAUAGAACUGGCCACUUUCUGUGUCCGUACAUUCUCCCUGCACAAGAAUGGCUCGAGUGAAAAGAGGGAGGUUCGACAGUUCCAGUUCACAGCAUGGCCAGACCACGGCGUGCCAGAAUACCCAACCCCUUUCCUAGCCUUCCUCCGUAGGGUGAAGACUUGCAACCCCCCUGAUGCUGGACCCAUCAUUGCUCACUGCAGUGCUGGUGUUGGCCGGACAGGCUGCUUUAUAGUAAUUGACGCCAUGCUCGAGCGUAUCAAGCACGAGAAGACGGUCGACAUCUACGGCCACGUGACGCUGAUGCGCUCGCAGCGCAACUACAUGGUGCAGACAGAGGACCAGUACAGCUUUAUUCAUGAUGCGCUGCUAGAGGCAGUGGCCUGUGGAAACACUGAGGUGGCCGCUCGAAGCCUGUACUCUUACAUCCAGAAGUUGGCCCAGGUGGAGAGCGGCGAGCAUGUUACUGGCAUGGAGCUGGAAUUCAAGCGUUUGGCCAAUUCAAAGGCCCAUACAUCACGCUUCAUCAGUGCCAACCUUCCCUGCAACAAGUUCAAGAACCGGCUGGUAAACAUUAUGCCCUAUGAGACCACCCGUGUCUGCCUGCAGCCAAUCAGAGGUCUGGAAGGCUCUGACUACAUCAAUGCUAGCUUCAUUGAUGGCUACAGGCAACAGAGGGCAUACAUCGCCACGCAGGGCCCACUAGCAGAGACUACGGAAGACUUCUGGAGAAUGCUCUGGGAGAACAACUCCACUAUAGUAGUAAUGUUGACCAAACUUAGAGAGAUGGGCCGGGAAAAGUGUCACCAAUACUGGCCAGCUGAGCGCUCUGCAAGGUAUCAGUACUUUGUGGUAGAUCCUAUGGCUGAGUACAACAUGCCUCAGUACAUCCUCCGGGAGUUCAAGGUCACUGAUGCCAGGGAUGGCCAGUCCAGGACAGUACGGCAGUUCCAGUUUACUGAUUGGCCAGAGCAAGGUGUGCCCAAAUCCGGAGAGGGAUUCAUUGAUUUUAUCGGACAGGUUCAUAAAACCAAGGAGCAGUUUGGACAGGAUGGACCCAUCUCUGUACAUUGCAGUGCCGGAGUGGGAAGAACUGGAGUCUUCAUAACCCUCAGUAUAGUCCUGGAGAGAAUGCGUUAUGAGGGUGUGGUUGAUAUCUUUCAAACAGUGAAGAUGCUCCGGACACAGAGGCCAGCUAUGGUCCAAACAGAGGAUGAAUACCAAUUUUGCUAUCACGCAGCUCUUGAGUACUUAGGAAGCUUUGAUCACUAUGCAACGUAAAAAGCCAUCUCCUCCUCUCAGAAUCCUGUUGCCCCCUCCUCGCCCAACUCAAUGGUUUCCUGAGCCAUAGAAACUUUUCAAAUUUGAAACGAUGACAGCGGUCGAUAAUUUUACAACUGCUUGUUCAAAAAACAGGAUCCUGUAGAUUUUUUUUAAGCAAACAGCCAACAUGACCAGAACAGGAGAAAUUUCAAUUGAGUCUCUAGUCACAGAAGAAAAAUUCCCCAUAAUUUCAACUUAAGACCAUUCUAAGCAACGAGAAACCAUACGCCGUGGCUCAAGCUGUGGGAUGGGUAUCGAUCCAAGUGACAGACUCCUUACUUUACCUCAAGUGUUUUAGUGUGGAGGAAGUUGUAUACAUUCGUGGACAUUGCUCUUCUAAAAUAAAAAUGUCUUUGUGACACAGCGGCGACAACCAACCGAUUAUGAAGGAAAGUGAAGCGCAAAUCAAAGAGAAGCAGAUGGAUGUAGCCACGACUGGGACACAUGCCUGUUUUGCAUGU